AUGAAAUUCAGGCCUUUGAAGACUGGUGAUGUGUCUGUUCCAGCUCAAUGUCAACUGGAUUUGACUUGGUUGCAGUCAAGGGAGACACAAGAAAAAGUGGUGGUGACUUGUAUGCUAGGGAUCCACUUUAGGAUUUUCUACGAGUCACUUCACAAGCAAGUUCCAACAAGUGAAAUCGCUCAGGUUUGCCGGUGCAUUUGGGUCAACGGACCGGUCAUCGUCGGAGCAGGGCCUUCGGGAUUAGCGACGGCCGCUCGUCUCCGGGAACAGAACGUUCCUUUCGCUGUUCUCGAGAGAGCAGAUUGCAUUGCUUCUCUAUGGCAAAACCGAACCUACGACCGUCUCAAACUUCACCUCCCGGAGCAGUUCUGUCAGUUACCGAAAAUGCCGUUCCCGGAGAGCUUCCCGGAGUACCCGACGAAGUGUCAGUGCAUCGACUACCUCGAGGCUUACGCCACCAAGUUCGAGAUCAACCCGAAGUUCAACGUUUGUGUGCAGACCGCUAGGUUCGACGAGACUAGUGGGUUGUGGCGAGUCAAGACCAAGUCGAACAAUGAGCCGACUCGGGCAGAGGUCGAGUAUGUCUGCCGCUGGCUUGUGGCGGCUAGGGGAGAAAAUGCGGAGACAGUUGUGCCGGAGAUUGAAGGACUCAGCUCAGAGUUUUCCGGCGAAGCUAUUUACGCUUGGGAUUACAAGUCCGGCGAGAAAUUUGCCAGGAAGAUGCUAAGCUCUAAGUCCAACUCUGGCUCCACCUCUGAGGCGUCCGUGGACUGUUCAACCGUCUGCACAAUGAUUCAAUUCCAAGCUGGCGAGGCCUUUGGAAGAGGAAAACUGAAACGAAGCAAGCAUGCUAAUGGUGACACUGCACGUGUGAACAAUCUACCUGCUCUUUUGUUGAACAAGUUUAACUCGGGUUGGUCCAUGAGCUUCGACAAAGCAGGCGCACAAAAGACGGUGGAGAUUUUUGAUGUGUUGAUAAUGGUCCGUGAGGCUUUUGAGAGAGCCGGUAUAGUGCUCGAUUGCUUCCAAGACACUUCACCCAAGGUUUUACUUAAAUUGGAGAUGGAAAACCUUCUUUGGGCAUGGUCACUUGCCGGAUUUUACGUCGGAAGGCAUUUGAUCGAGCGGUUUCAGUACAAGAAGGAGCAUGCAAUGGCCAGCUUUUCGGAUUUCUUCACACUCCAAUCCUUUGGCCCAAAUCAAGAUUAG